UCCCACAGCACGACCAUAUCAUACCUGGACAAUCGUGUUCGUUGCGCCGUCCUUUCCCCGGCAGAGACACAGACGGCUUCGUGUUUCUUGUUACUCUAAUUACUGCACAACAAAAACUACUUUUUUUUCCAUGCACGCUUUCACUUCGUCAUCGCAGUGGCGAUCUGUCAUUUACUUCAAAAGCGUUAAGACAUCAAGGAUCAAACAGUAAUAUCUCAAAUAUAAACCAGUAAAAAACUUAAUUAACAUAAGUAAAGAAGGUUUUGGUGAGGGGCAUGUGUUUUAAGGGGACCGCAAUCGCAUCUGAUCGUUUCAGCACAAUAAUAUAAGGCACCCUGUGUGCAGAGAGUCUUGUCAGUUUGAGGAAACAUGCGCUGGGUGACGGACACGAAGGUAACCAUGCAGUAAAGCGGCGAUCUUGUUCUGCGCAGAGGUGAUUUCCGCAGAGUUAUAGCUUGAAGUUUACCGGUUCGAUCCGACAACGUUUGCAUGGUUGCGAUGGCUCCGCUGGGCGAGGUGGGAAGCUUCUUACACGGCUUGGAUGGUUUUGGACCUGUCGGAUCUCAUUUUCAUCUGACGACUGCUGGGGACGGCUCCUCUCUUCUGGGCGACCACUUGGUCCCAGGCGAGAGACAGAGGGGCUCCGCUGCGGAUCUGGCGCAUCUGAAGGGCCUGCUCCGGAGAAGACAGCUGUACUGCCGGACGGGGUUUCACCUGGAGAUACACCCAGAUGGCACAGUGCAGGGGACAAGAGAAGACAACAGUCGAUUUGGUGUUUUGGAAUUCAUCAGUAUUGCCGUUGGGAUGAUAAGUAUCCGUGGGGUGGACAGUGGACUCUACCUGGGAAUGAACGACAAGGGGGAGCUUUACGGCUCUGAAAAGUUAACAGCUGAAUGUGUGUUUCGGGAACAGUUUGAAGAGAACUGGUACAACACAUACUCUUCCAAUCUCUAUAAACAUGGUGACAAGGGUUCAUACUAUUUUGUAGCCUUAAACAAAGAUGGAACUCCAAGGGACGGGGCCAAAUCGAGACGACACCAGAAAUUCACGCACUUCCUCCCACGACCCGUGGACCCAGAUCGUGUACCUGAACUGUACCGUGAGAUUUUGGGGUACAGCUGAGCCGGUUGGGGACAUGCUGACGAAGAACAUGGCCCUGUGUCUGGGCUGCCGUGGAAACGAGGAUAUAAACGCACCGCCGUUGUGGAUAGACAGGGGGCGGCUGGGGGCUCCGAGGGGCCACUCCGUCGGAAGUCAGUGGGUAGGGCUCAGCAUGGGAAACAAGCCCUGUACUCUGCUGGAGCCAGAGGCAAAAAUCAACAGGCAAAGAAGAGGUUGAACGGCCUGAUGAGGGGACACUGCAGGGUGUCCAGCUAGCGGCUCACUGGUGUGCUGGAGAGUCGAGGAGAAAGCGGAGGUUUGGCAGGAUGACCUUCCAUUUCUGCCUACAGUGACAUGACGUUUUACAGAUUGUUCUAAAAGAACUGUGAAGGAAUUACAGUGUUGUGACUUUAUAGCUAACUGGGCUUAAGGGGAAUAAAAGGAAACACAGAUAAUUUGUCACAGAUGUUUAUAAAGGUUUUAUUUAUGGAUUCCUGGAUACCUAUAUUUAUUUUAUCUAUUUAUUUAUUCAAGAAUAUAUUUACAGUUAAAUAUGCAAUAUAGAAGAAACAGGUAGAAGCUGUAUCGUAAUAGAGGCCAAUAUUUACUUUAACCUGACUGAAGAUAGUAUUUCGUUAACUUCUUUUAGCGUGUGAUUUACAGUAGGCUAAGCCAUGUUUUGAUGUUUCCUUAAUGUGGAGAAAAGGCCCAUUUUCUCUGGUUUUUUAAAGUCCUUCACAAGUUGUGUGCCACAUGGUACAUUUAUUGGGGAAUUAAACUAUUUAAAUGCA